AUGGCUGAAGUGACGUCCAGUCAAAUCCUCAUCGACGGCGAAGACAUCUCAAUAUUGCCACCAUCUGUAGUCCGCAAAAGGAUAAACUGUUUAACUCAAGAUCCUUUCAUCAUUCCCGCUUCUAUUAGACAAAAUCUCGACCCACUUGGCGACAAAUGCGAUGGUGAUAUCAUUAUCGCACUUGAGCGCGCCAAACUCUGGGGCGUCAUAGUGGAAAGACCUUACCCAAACGAAUCACCUCUCUGCAACCCAUUGGAUAUUAUCAUCGAUGACGACUUUCUAUCAUACGGUCAGCGGCAGUUUCUGUGCCUUGCACGAAUUCUACUGCAGGAGGGCCACAUAUUGCUCCUGGAUGAGCCUACUAGCGAACCUGAUUCCCAAGCAGAUUCACAGAUCCAGGAUGUCAUCCGAUCAGAGUUCGGCUCUUGCACCAUUGUCAUGGCCGCUCAGAAACUUCAGACCAUCCUGGAAUUCGACUAUGUGACUGUGAUUGACGAAGGUCAAGUUGUUAGAGUUCGGAAAUCCACAGUCAUCGUUGUCGGAGGACCAAAGUACUUUUCGGGCAUUCUACGACGCCGAAACACAUGA